AUGCCGAAUCCUAAUUCAAAUACCCGAGAUGAGAAUCGCUUUCUUUUGUUAUCACAUGCCAUACGUCACAUAUUGCACCUCACUAUGCAUAAAUUUCUCUACCCAUACGUCCAAUUCCAGAAUACCAUGGAGAAGGAGAUAGGUGAGGAGCCCACGAAGGUCAACGACCCAGAAGGGGCACCUUCAACCCUUGCGAUACGGGACGCCAACCUUGAGGAGACUACUGUCUUGAAAACUGCGACCAAGGACGCCAACCCAGUCGAGAGUCAAGAGACUCUCCCACAUGCUGACCCAGCCACUGCCAGUAAGGCCAAGGACACCACCGUCAUCCAGCUGCCAAAAGCUGAGAAGAUGUGGUGGUCACCAUUGACAUCAUAUGGUGAAGAACUUUGGGCUAUAGCCCAUAAAGAGCCUGCCUUUAUGGCUGUAUUGCGACUUUUCGCCACUUCACUGCUCAACCAAGAGCCACCUGCUGAAUUUUCCCAAAUGCCUCCUUUCCCAUCCCUGGAGGAAAUUCAAGAGGACAAACCCCAGACACAGGACUGGUACUCCGCCUGUAUUGCCGAGGAGAUUGCCCAAAUGGCCAUCCAGGACGAUCCUCCAACGCCCAAUCCCGACCCAACACCCUAUCCACCUAACCACCUCCAACUCCCCAGUCCCUGGUUUACUUAUCCCUCAACCCUAAUUGCAGAUGCAACUGCUACAAAUGCCGAUUCCUCAGUUCCCACUCCGGAAACACCCCUGCUCGACCCAGAGCCUAACUCCAUUACCACCACUCCUAUGCCCAACCCCGAGCCCACAUCCAACACUCCUAACGAGGAACCAACCAGUCCUGACGAUGUACUGGAAAUCCAUGCGUCCCAGGAAGAGUUAGUGGAGACACCUGCAGUAGAAUCUGCCAAACAUCCGGCUACCAAACAUCUGCCAGAGGCCACUCCCAGUGAGAAGGUUGGAGAAGCCCCCAAAGACUUCACCAAACGCUCCAGGAGAGGAGUUCGAUGCCACCAAUGCCAUGGUUAUGGCCAUGGGUACCCCGAUUGCCCCAGCAUCGUCAGACAUGACUACUGCGUUGUCUGCGGAAAGUGGCGUUGUAACCUCUUUUCGUGUGAACUCACUGACCAACGCCACGAGAGAGCGAGAGCUGCCAUCAAGGCCGAUUCGGUGGAUCAAUUACCCCAACCGAAUCCCAAAACUGCACCUCGUGCCACUAUCUUGAGUAGAUUCAGGACCCCGAAGAGCACCCAGGGAGCCGUGCCCAAGAGGCCAAUUACUAUCUAUCGCCCUGAUGGGACCAUCCAUUCCAGCACUUCGGGGAAAGUAUCGGUCCAAACCAGGUUGAGUCGUGCCCAAGGCCUCUCAUACGCGGAUUCAGUCGCCAAACGGCUGAAGACGUCAAUUGUGGAUCCAAAGGCUCCUCCAGUAGUCUCCCCCACCACCGCGGAACCUACUCAAGGUACCUUCAGCCAACCUGCCAAUCCGGCCAACAUGUCCUCAGGAAGUGAUUCCCCAGCAGCCCGCAAGAUCACCAUCAACACGUCCACGCCGAGAAAUGCCGAGGAAUGGCUAGAGGGUAUCGCUCGCCUGGACCCAGAUGCAUUUGCCCGCUUCGUGAAGAAGAUGGAGAAGGCAGGGCCUCCACCUUAAAGGAUAACCUUUUUGUUUGCUCAUCAGAGCCAGUGCCUAUCGCACGACAUGCCCCCCUAUGAGCCUAUAUUUUUAUUGUUUUGCGGAUACGACCGCCCAAAGUCGAAAGGUAAAGGGAGAGAGAAGGGAGACUUCGUAACAUUUAGUUUAACCCGUAAGGACCAUUGACUGAAUAAAUGUAAGUUUCCAAAAGUAUUAUUAGUUUAUUGGAUAUUGGGAAUACACUACCUAAUCCCCCUCUCCUAUGCUACCUUUCCAUUAAUUGUCUUGUAAACUACCUAUUUUGGGUCGAGAAUUUUCUUAUUCUCCUGUGGUCUUUCGUGAUUUCGUCUGUGAUGCCUAGUAAUCCUAACCGUCUACCUGUCAGCUUCGCUAGAAGCCUCCACUGCCUAUUGGCCAACGUAUUGAGAUAAGUACAUAACUAAGUUACAUCUCAUUAUCUAUUUUCCGUUUACGGAAGGUGUGUACCGCUGUGUCAUAAUGCUGAAAAGCCUAUCAUUAGUCAUUGUUU